UGCAGCUACGAGUCGAGCGCCGCAGUGUUUGUCAGUCCUUCGUAUGGACAUCACGUUCGGCGAGACUGAUAGUACCCACCGGUAUUGGCAUCCGUAUAUACGCGUAUACGCUUUUGGCGGCAUCCAUCAUCGUCGAUAGCGAGCAACGUCGAUCGCGCGUCAAUUCCGCCGUAGAUGAACUCGCGGUUGCACGCGUUUUCGCGAUCUCCGAUACCGUCGUCGCCGUCGUCGUCGUCGUCGUCGUCGCCGUCGUCGUCAUCAUCGUCGACGACGUUUCGUCACUCAGUCCAGCGGACGAGCGACGUAGCGAGAUUUCUUCGAACGGCCGAGAUGUGAAGACGUCGACUUGGAAGCGAUGUGGCUUCCGUUGAUGCUGCUCGCCUUGAUGGCGAGCGGUUCCGCCUGUCCAGACCUUUGCGAGUGUCAUCAGAAUAAUAUCGAGAAGAACGCACCGGUACUAUCGGACGUAUCCUGUCGUGGACGCGCACCCGGUUUGUCGGAGAUACCAGUGGGGGCGAGGAGUUUAUCGUUGGACAGCGUCGAUAGUUCUGAAAUCACUGUCUUUUUCGACGAGCUCGAGGCUGUUGAGUUGGCGAACGAUUUCGAGAUGACUGGUACCCUGGUGGAUCUCGAGACGAACGAUACGUCGGUGGAGGGGACGCGCGCGACGGAGAUUCUGCCGUAUUUAAGCGAGUUCGCGGUGACAAAUUGUUCGUUGGUGUCUUUGAACGCGUCGUGGCACGGUUUCGAGCGCUUGAGGGCACUGAAUCUGUCGUGCAACAAUUUGCUGCGACUGAGGGACGUGCUGGUGAUACGAACGACGAAUCUGAGCGAGCUGGCAUGCCUUGAUCUAUCGAAUAACUCGUUAUCAGACAUCAGUGUCGGGACAUUUAGGACGCUCGUCGGACUUGUGAGAUUGAGUUUACGUAAAAACGCGAUCAGUAUGGUGGACGAGGACGCGUUUCGCGGUCUGGACCGACUGGAAUUCCUCGAUCUGUCGGACAACAGGUUGGCGGACUUGCCGGAUAGCGCGCUCACGCCGCUAUAUUUCCUGCAGAAACUCGACCUCAGUGGUAACCAGCUGCAAGUUCUGGGCGCCAGGUGGUUCGAAAGUCUCGACAGAUUGAGAGAACUCGACGUCUCGCGAAACGGAUUGGCUCGGGCGGCCUCGGGAACGCUGCAGCCGUUAUCGGGGCUGUCCGUCCUGAGACUCGCGGAGAACCCGCUGAGAGAGAGAGACGUAUCUUUACUGCUAGGCACCGGUAGACGACUCGAGACCGUGGACGCAUCCCGCACCGGAUUAGCCAGAGUUCCGGCCGCUCUCACGAGAUCGGUCAGGGCUCUGAGGCUCGCCGGGAAUAGAUUGACUACUGUUCGUAGCGGUGAUCUGGAUAGCUAUCCCUUGCUACGUAUAUUCGACAUCGCCGACAACCAUCUCGUGGAUAUCGAGAACGACGCUCUGGGACGGCUGGAGGUGUUAGACGAGCUCGAUCUGUCCGGCAACGUUCUCACGAAGGUGCCCGGAAGUCUGCCGAGCAGCCUAACGGUACUGAAGCUUCAGCGAAAUGCGAUAACCGCGUUGAAGCUCGACGAUCUCAACGGAUUGUACAACCUGCGAUCGUUGAUACUGAACGAUAACGACAUCAGCGUCAUCGAGGUGGGCGCGCUCGGUCAACUGCCCCUGCUCGUGGAGCUCGAUCUAUCCGAUAAUCCUAUCAAAGCGUUACCGACUAAUACCCUAAGUGGACCCAGUAAUCUGGCCAAGCUCCGGAUGUCGGGGCUGGCUUCGCUUCGACGACAUCAAGAAGAGCAAAGUGAUAUGGCGUUCCCGGUACCGACGCCGGAGCGGCUGAUAAUGCUGGACGUGUCGCGAAGUCCGGCUCUGGCGGAGCUGUUAUUGGCGGAUGAUGCCGCGCUGUCUGCCUGCAAGAGCCUUAUAGAGCUUAACCUGUCGCAAACCAACAUCAGCACCAUCAGAUCCGACCUCGCGUACAUGCUGCCUCAGCUGCGCUUCCUCGGCUUGGGAAGAAACGACUGGGACUGCACGGAAGAUCUCUACUGGUUGGGCGAGUGGGUGAGGCAACACCGCGAAUCCAAGCAACGAUCUCAACCGGCUCGAUGUACCAGCCCGCGGAAAUUGGCGGGGUUACUUUUGUACGAACUGCCGCCGCCGCCGAACUCCGUCCUCCCAACCACCGCGGACAGUGACACGACGGGCACCACGGUUACCCUAUCUGCCGUCUUCACGCUCGAACAUGCGUCGCAUACUGAUCUGCCAAACGUCACGGUGUCUUCCAAUAUCUACAGCGCGAAUUCCGAUCACAACGUCACGGAUCUUCCCACGCUGUCGUCCGUAAAUACGGAAGCCGCACCGAAAGCGGAGGCUGCAGCUGACUUAGACACUCUCCUCGCAGAAGCCGCCCCGGUGGAAAAACCGCGAGUCUACGAGGCACCGACGUCCUUCCGUAACGUCACGUCGUCGAUCACGACGCGGACGAGCCGGGAACCGGGUCGGAAGAGCGAUAAAACAAAUCGCGUCCUGAUGGAUCAGAAUUUAAUCAAGCGGCCCGUCAAACCGGUCUCACGAAGGCGGAGCGACCUCGAACUAUCCGUUUUGGAAGUGAAGGACGAGACGUAUUCGCAAACUUUUGAUAACCGGGCUGAUCGCGGGCCGCAAAGAAACGGAAAGAUGAGCAAACUCGCCGCGUUACCCGACGAAAUCAUUUCUCCGGAGUCCUCGUCGCAGCUCGGACCUAAGCGCACGGACGAGGAUGCGAAAGCGGUCGAGAAUCAUCCGGGAAGAAUAAGCAACGCGACCAAGGAGAACGCGGUGUUGGAUGACCGUGGCUCUAACACAAUAGCGGAAGAACUGAAUGGUCGGGCAACCGAUUCCGGUGCUCGAGUGUCCGACGCUCUGUCCGCAGGUGCUCAUCCUGGAAUGUUAGUAUUAGUCGGCGCUGCCCUGGGCGCCGUCGCGGCGCUCUCCGUCGUUCUCUCGCGUAGGGCGACGGUCCACCGAACGGACAGGUAUCAUCGCCACGAGAACAUUGAAGUGCACACUCUGACACCCACCACGGAACUUUGGUGACCAGAGUCGGAAUAUGUUCGUCUGUUCGAGAGGGACAAGCGACUGGAAACCACCGGUAACCGCGACGGCGAAGCGUCGAUAACACCUCGUCGACAAUCGACGAGGUCACGGCUGAUUGAUGUGUGUUUGAGGAAGAUCCUGAAAUAAUCGUAUCGGUGUGAUCUCGACGGGCGUGUGCAUCUUGUUAUUGUGAUGAUGACGGAAUCGAAGUGGAUUCGCCGGCCGCGACGAUCGAGGUGUUAAUCGGAAAGUUGGAAGGACCCUGAUUUGCGGGGGAACCACGGAAUAGGGGCUGAACGUCCAAGUUGGGAACGAGAUACUCCCCGAGCUAAUUCACGUCACUUCAGGUACCGCCAAUACGUUACGGAUUACGGAGCAAUACCCGUAAAAAUAACAGAUUAUUCGAGCGUGACUGGAAGCUACGGGAUCCGCGAAAAAUAAAAAGGCGGCAGUUUCUAGUGUCAAGAGAGUAUCGAGACCGUCGGAGAUGUCUGCAGUGCACAAUUAGAAAGACAGACAUUCGUCACGAGUGUCUGUCGCGAAUAUAAAGUAAUGUGUUACUUGUAAAGUUCUACUCUCUCCGCAAUCUCGCGUGUCCGGCUUAUCAAGUCUCUUGAAAACGGGGCGUGUGGCGGUAAAGGUAAAACCACCCAAGUAUCAUCGAUCGACAAUACGUGUAUUCCGUGAAACUUAUUCGACGAUAACACCGUUUAAAUUUUACCGACGACAGCGAAGAUGUC